CACGAGUAACGAGCGAUACUAUGGGCUGGUGGUGGACCAUGGACGGGCACCUCCAUGUCUACGCUGCUAUCGGCGCCGCCAUGGUCGCCAAGGCCUGCCAAGAGGCGUGGCUCGCCGCCUUCUACCAGUACGAGGCGCUUGCGGCCAGAGGUAACAGCCGGCGCGUGCUCGGCCGUCUGCGCUUUGGCUACUGGUCACUCUUUGGCUCGCAGCUCGCGAAACGCUGGAUGCUAUGGCUGCCAGGCCUACUACUGGUCGCAUGGUGGGUCUGGAACCGCUACUUGUCUGGAAGCUGGAGCACCGUGAGUGUCGACACGGUCGAUGACGCCGACGUGCCCGAGCUCGAGCCCAUCGAGCCGACCAGCGUCAAGAGACCCGCAACCACAACGCCCAAGGCGACAACGACGACAACGCAGCGACAAAAGAAGACCUUGCUCACGAUCCAAGACCAAGAGGCGUCCCAGAAGCGCAAGUCGGAAAGGGCCUUUCAAGCCCUCCUCGCGCAAAAGGCCAAAUUCGAGCAUGCGACCGUCGAGCGACCGUCCGGCUGGAUGGUGUACGACGCGGCCGCAGGAAAGCUGGUGCUCGCCAGCGGCGACUAAUAGAGCGCGUUUUGAUGUAGUACGACACAGCAUGGGUCGCCCGCACGCACUUAUAUUGGUUGCCACGUCUACAAGUUGUCGGAAAUGAACUCCUUGAUCGCCCGC